AUGUCUGAUGGUCCUGGAAAUGUUGAUGAAAAUGCUCCUCUAAUAAAUAAUGCUGGUGAUAAUAUAAGAUUAACUGGUGGAUAUAAUGUAGAUGGAAUAAAUUCUGUUAAUAAUGAUCAUCCAUCUGAACAUGGUGGUGGUGGUAGUAGUAGUAGUAGAGUAAGAGGAUAUACAAAUGAGGCAAUUUCUAUUAAUGAAGAUGUUGUUGAAGGAAGAGAAGAAAAACUUGUUACUAAUGUUAUAAAUGAAGAAUUGGUUCCCGAUAAUGUGAUAUCAUAUGGUACUAAUGAUAGAGAUCGAGCUCGUAAUCCUACAUCUGAAUCUGGAAGUGAAGCUCAGUCAGAUGGUUUUCAAAGACCACCAUUUGUUGAAUGCCGUGUAUGUCAAAGAGAAGUUGAUAUUUCUGCACGUCUUCAUCAACAUGUUGUAAGGUGUGGUGUUUGUGGAGAGGCAACACCUAUAAGAAGUGCACCACCAGGAAAAAAAUAUGUUAGAUGCCCAUGUAACUGUUUAUUAAUUUGUAAGGCAUCUUCAGCUAGAAUAGCAUGUCCUAGAAGAAAUUGCCGUCGUGUUAUUACACUUGGUGAUUCAACUCCUACUGGAAUUGCAUCUCGAGCACCACCUGGUACUUCGAGAAUAUCAUGUGUUUGGUGUCAUGAAGUAUUUAUGUUUAAUACAUUAGUUAAUAGAGUUGCACAGUGUCCUCAUUGUAAGAAAGAAAGUUCUGUUGGAUUAGGAUUUGCCAGAAGUCGGGCAGUUUUCUUUACAUCACUAGCUGUUUUAGUAUUUAUUAUAACAGUUAUUGUUAAUUGUUUGACAUGGAGCCCAACUGGGCAUGUUUUUCUUUUGCUUAUUAUUUAUCUAACCGGUUACAUUUUAUCGAUAUCAUUAGCCUACAAAUCCUUAUACUUUUGGAGAUUAAAAGUUUCUAAUAGUUUAGGGCCAUUAUAA